AUGAAAGUAGUUGAAGCAAAAAUUGUUGUAUUGGGAUCGCAAGGUGUGGGAAAAACAAGUCUAGUGGUGCGAUACAUUGGCAAGAUGUUCUCAAAACAUAUAUCACCAACCAUAGGUGCCUCGUUCUUCACAUGUAAUAUUAAUGUUGAUGAUUCAAGGGUUAAAUUGCAGGUAUGGGAUACAGCUGGCCAAGAGAGAUUCCGGUCAAUGGCCCCGAUGUACUAUAGGAAUGCUAACGCGGCGUUGCUCGUCUAUGAUAUAACGAGUACCAGUAGUUUUGCAGCCAUCAAAGGUUGGGUGAAGGAGUUACAGAGUAAUGUACCUGAACCAAUGGUGCUGGCGUUAGUGGGCAAUAAAUGUGAUUUGGAAUCGUGUAGAGCAGUUUCACAUAAUGAGGCGACGCAGUAUGCUACGUCCAUAGGAGCGGCGUAUUGUGAAACGAGCGCGUUGCACGAUCAGGGUAUAGACCAAGUAUUCCUAAGUACAGCGACAUCUCUUCUGAAGCUGUCCAGCACUAACCUUGUCUCUUCUAUGCGUUCAUAUGACUCUGUGGAUGGUGACGAGAGACUACCUAUUGGGACACCAACAGAAGAAACAGCAACUCAUACAGGCAAAGUUGAGUUGCCGGCGUGGCAGGACGACCGGGUCGCUCACGGGGAGACGCAAAGAAAUAUGUGUUGCUAG